GUAUUAUUACGUUUGCUUAAAUAAAUAAAUAAUCUGAAUACUUCCUCCACCACUGGUAGUAGGAAUGUAACUUUAUCAAAUAUUUCUGUUCGCCUUCUUGUCAAAUGGCCCCUGCAGUCUUCCGUAGAAAAGCCGCUGUUUUGUUGACAUUUUUUUCCCCUCCAUCAGCUGACUACCCACAAGUUAGCUAGUCAGUUUAUGAACAGCUCAGCACAAACAAAAACCUCAGCAUGACAUUACCCUGCCACCACUGCGUUCGGUCAGCAAACCGCAAACAGUUAGUACAUUUUUAGAGAACUGGCAGCUCACGAUGAGGGUUAUUUUCUAACACACUGUCACGAGAGACAGAGAGAGCGCUAAGCUAACGGACGUUGACGCUCGCUAGCUUGCUGCUUCAGUUAGCCUGCCGAGCGGAAAGCUAACAGGCUCAAUUAGUCGAUGUAAAGUGGAAACAUGGAGGGGAUUCUGUACAAAUGGACGAAUUACAUGACAGGCUGGCAGCCACGCUGGUUCGUCUUAGAGAAUGGAGUCAUCUCUUACUAUGACAACGAGGACGACGUUGGUAAAGGAAGCAAAGGAUCCAUCAAGAUGUCCGUGUGUGACAUUAAAGUUCAUCCGUCAGAUCCAACGCGCCUGGAGUUGAUAAUCCCCGGCGAGCAGCAUUUCUACGUCCGAGCUGUGAAUGCUGCAGAGAGACAGAGGUGGCUGGUGGCUUUAGGCUCGUCCAAAGCUGGAACUCUGGACAGUCACAAACACAGAGGGAGACCUGUAAAGACAUUGUUACAGUUGUCAAGUCUACUGAAGAUAAACGCAUGGACAAGUUUUUCCAAAUCCUGCUGUCCAGACUGCCUGAAGACGAAGAUGUCUGAACUUCGUCUAUACUGUGACCUCCUCUUCCAGCAGGUCCAAACGAUCCAAUCACAGCACACUGCCGACACAGAGGCCACGCCCACCUCUGAGGCCUCUCUCCUCAGUGCAACCUGUGCAACUUUCAUCAGGACUUUAGAGGAGUGUAUGACCCUGGCCAACCAGAGUUUGACCCCUGACCUCCGACCUCCUGAAAGGAUGAAGAGGUCAAUCAGUCACCCUGGAACAUACAGCUUUGACAAGUCAGGAUUGCUUAAGGAGUACUUAAGUGGAGGUCAGAGGUCAACUCAGCGCAGGAACCGGACGUGCUCCGACAGCUCUGUUUAUGAUACUGAACGUGUGCUGCCCAGUCUCAACGGUGACUCGUCCUCCAUUCCUGAAGAGCGAGGAGGCAGUGUGAGCCCAAAGACCACACCCACUGACACAGACACUGACCUGUCCAUCUGAAGACCCGACGUCCACCCAAACCCUGCUGAACUCUUUGAGAGGUCGAGAACAUGACAAGAUCAAUAUCAGUGGCCAUGACUGCGUCCAGUUGAGAUAUUGACGUCAUAAACCAAGGAUGAGUUGACCGACAUUUGACCUAGGAUUGUUCUUCUUGUGCUUUUUUUCCUCUGAAGUCAGUUGAUUGCCAAACACGUGCACUUUGGAGUCAUAAUUAAUUUUUCCUUAAGGCUGUCUUUAAGUGUUUCAUUUGCACAGUACACAUUGGAGAGGCAGAAAAGACAGCAGGAAAGAGAUCUGACAGCUGCCUUAAGCUGGACUUGAACCUGAGACAUUGUGAGUAUGAAGUAUUUGACGCACACAGGUAGCCACAUUCACACUAUGGACAGUCUCUUAGAGAUGAUGGUAGCCUUGGAGUUCAGGAGGAUUGCGACCGGAGGCUCAAAUCAAUGAACUGCAGUUAACCUGGGCUUUCUUAGUGGGAACCAGGUGAGGACUGCGAUUGCAUUAGGCAGCUCCCUGGCACAGUAGGAAUAUAACUGUGAAUUCUCGUUUUCUGGACAGUUUAGAUGCCGGGGUCGAUUGUUCACUACUGGUAAUGUACCUGCGAAUGUGCAGGGUCAUGUUGUCUUCUGAGGUUUGGCGUUUUGAUGGGAUGUUGAAAUCCUGCAACCGUGAAACAAAAGCAUCUUCUCGCACAGUCUUUUCUGCCUUUUCCCACAUACUCAAGAACUAGCCUAACUUUUUCUUUCCUUGAAAACUUGCCAAGCACAUUCUGCAUUCUUCUUCCAGGCCUCCAUAGUCGUGCUUGCCCGCUGAAAGCAAAAAGGUAAAAACUCCGUCCCUCUUCCUGCCAGCUUCUUUGUCUUUGAGGUCGUCCGCAGCGAGGUCUGAUAUAGCAGAGUGUAGCCGAGAAUGAAACCAGACUGAUAAACGGCGUCUCUGCAGGUUUCUCAAGCCAGUUAUCUCUGUCACAGUACACACACACAGAGCUGAGUAGCUUGGGUCUUCAGAUGCCAACGUUUGCACAAAUGUAAUGAUCUACAUUAAAUGUGCCAUCGUUGUUUUUUCCAGCAAAGCUUCUUCUCCGCAGUUCAGCUGGUCAUGCUCAGCCAGAACGCUGUUUUCGUGUUUGAAACUGGGAUGAGGAGAAAGACAAAGACCCCACUUUGACCUGCAGCUCUUUGCUUGAGGAGUUUGCACCUUCUCCUUGCGUGUGUUGUUUUUCGCCUGUCCGAACAGGUGAAUGAAGUCUCUAAAAUUACAGAUAGGUGUGAAUGUGUGCAAGUUACUGCCUUUUGAUGUUUGUAUUUCUUGAGUGUUUCCUUGCCUUUUGGUGAUGAAUUCCAGCCAAACAUGACCCUGAAAAGGAAGGUGGCCCCGAGAGCUCAACGCACUGCACCUUUAAGAAAACACAAAUAGACAAAAUAAAAUUAAGAAACACAUUCACAGAUUUGUUAUGGUAUGCUGCAUAUGUCAGUGUGUUGAGCUCUGAAUGAGCCAUGAACUUGGAUGAGGAUCGAAGUUCAAUAGUGAGUUCAGAUGAUGCAUUUUGCACACAUGGUAAUUUGCAAAUUUGUUCUCUGUCAAUUGAGUCGUCGCACUUUCCUCUGCCUCUACUCUUGCCUUAGUGGAGUGCAGAACCUCGUCUAAAGUGGAUUAAUCAGCAUUCAGCUCUAAAAUAGACAAAGUGGAGGGAGAUACUGAUAUUUUUUGCAAGCAGUGAAAACAUUGACAGGUGUCAGCAGACCAAGCUAAAAUUUGUGAAUCUAGUUUCCUGUCUUGAUAAAUGACCUCUUAAGUCUGCACACCGGUUGUCUUGUCACAUGCUUUGCUGUUUGAACACGUGCAAAAGACGUCACCUGAACAAUCGUCCACAGUGACUAAUACGGACUGCAUUUUCUGCUAUAAGACUGAACUGACGAGAAACUACACCGAUUCUGUUUUAUGGCGAGAGAUGUGGCACCGUGGUGUGCUGUCAAUGGAGAACCUCAUCGUAAUAUGUGGCAACAAUUUAGGGGACAGUUCACUCCUUCACAAAUGUCAGCUUUGGCCAAAAACACGUUUGAUGCUAUAGUACAUUUGUAUUUACCUUUAAGACACUUUAAUAUUAACCUGUGAAUUAAAAAAGGGGAAUUAUGCUGUUGUAUGCUAAGCUUCCUAAAAGUCAGCAGAUUUUUUAAAAAUGUUGAAUCUCUCCACCAAUCAGGUAUUUUCACUUCAUAUUCAAACCGUUAUUAGAAAGCACCAAACACGUACAGUAACUUUUCGCCAACAUACAUGUGUAGGUGUGGUUGUUUUGCACUUUAGAGUUGUAACAAUGUACUUUUUUUAUGUUAGUGCUCUGAAAAAAGGAUUAUAGUGAUGAAGAUACUGUGGCGGAUUACAGUGAUGAUGAUUGUGAAACUGAUAAAGUUUUAAAAAAAAAGAAAUAUUUUUGGUUCUAGUCAGUGUCUUAUUUUUGAAAGGAUGUUUUGGAGUUGCAGCAGCCUUAUGUGACAGUGACAGGAUGUAAACGUACAAGACUUCCUUCUUGUAUUACUUUUACCAAAAUGUGUGUUCAGUAUUUGCUGAAACUGUUUAUCCUCCUGUGUUUCCUCGAAUUUCCCUUCACUUUCUCUCAAUACUGUGAAGAAAUGCUCCAUGUUCAGCUUCCGAUGUCAAAUAAUAAUUAUUUAUAACAGCAUGGUAGUUCUAUAUUUUAUCUUUAAAUGAUCAUUUAUAUUCGUGUUGCCGGAUCAGAUUAUUUUAUUUAUGAUUUAAACAUAAGAUGGAUUUUGUAGUUCAAAGCAUUUACAGGAGCCUGUGAAGCAGUUAAAAUAGUUACAAAUUAAUUAAUUGGUAAAUAAAAAACUAAUUGAAGAGUAAUACAUAUAAAAAGACUACAACAGGGAGAACAGAUCAAAAUACAAUUAUAUUUAGACGGAGCAUUUGCUGUAAAAAUGUAUCCCCAAAUAAAUAAAUUUAAAGAUUUUUCAGCAACUUUUGAAGAAAAUAUACAAAUGCUCCAGUUCGUGAAUGUUAGCCAGUGUUUUGACAGUUUUAUAAUUUCAUCUUGGACAGACGGUCUCUUAAAAAGGACUAGUUCGGCAUUUUGGGAUAUUCGCUUUCUUGCGUUAGAAGAUUGAUACCACGCUCAUAUUUGUCUGGUAAUUAAUCCGUAUGUUGUUUUUUUUUUACAGAUUAAACAAACAAGAUAUAACGUGUUAACUGUUGAACUUUAGAGCUGCUGGUUGCUGGAUUUUGUAAACUUAGCACAGAGCCAGGCUAGCUGUUUGCCCCUGUUUCUAGUCUUGAUGCUAAGCUAAGCUAACAGUCUCCUGGCUCUAGCUUCAUAUUUACAGGACAGACAUGAGAGUGGUAUCGAUCUUCUCAUCUAAGAAAGCGGAUCCAUUUAUUUGCCAGAAUUAAACUGCUGCUUUUUGACUGAAUCAUAUUUUCUUUAUUAAUGACAGCCUGUUCAGUUUGUGGACAAACCAGCAGAGAGAUUUUCAUGCCUUAAGUGUUUCUGCACGAAGUAACGUGUGUGGUUGUAUCAGACUUAUCAUUGUCUAAAUAAAAUAAAAAAUAUUUUAAACUGAA